AUGUCUGAAUAUCAAUUGGAUAAUGAAGAUGAUGAAUACGAACCUACUACCACCACUGCUCCAUCAGCAUCAUACAAGAAGUAUGACAUUCAUGAAGGAAUAAUCUUUUGUAUUGAGCUAUCGAAAGAGAUGUUCCAGGAAGUCCCAGAAUUGAAUUAUACUGUACAACUGUUAGAAAUAUUGGAAUCGUUAUUAGAACUCAUGUCACACCUGGUGAUAAUUAGACCAAGUACCGGUGUAGGUUGUUAUAUACAUUAUUGCAACAAACCUGACAAUAAUGCUACUGAAGUUAAUGCAAAACAUAUUGAUGGUAUUUAUGAACUUUUCCCAUUGAGGGAUGUUAAUGCACAUGAUAUGAAGAAACUAAGUGAUUUAUUCGAAGAUUUACAACAUGAAAGAAUAACGUUAAUGAAGUAUUUCCAAUUCGAUAAUGAUGAAAAUUUUAAAAAGCAAGUUCCAUUAGAAAAACUUUUCGGAUUUUUAUUAGAUAAGUUUACCCUUGCAAAUGUCGAUAGAAAUAGCUACCAUAGUAGGAAAAUCUUUUUAUUUACGGAUAAUGAUUCACCUAUAGAAUCCGAAGAACAUGAAGCAAAAUUAAGAAUUAGGAGGUUAGUGGAUGAUAUGAAUGAUAACUAUAUUAACUUUACCACUUUUUUCAUCGGAACACCAGAUAGACCAUUUGAUGAUUCAUUUUAUUCAGAUGUUUUAAAAUUAGGUGCAAAAACCAGAGAAACCAGUGAUCAAGACUACAUCGAUGCUGUUGAUGACGAGUAUUCUGAAUUCGACGGUCCAAAUACUAAACCAAUACCAGCAAAAUACAUUAAAUCUCGAAUAUUAAGGAAAAAGGAAAUUAAAAGAAUAACUUUCCAAUCCCCCCUGAUAUUGAAUGAAGAUGCUGAAUUCAUAAUUGGUAUAAGAGGUUAUAUGCUUUACAGUCAUGAAAAACCAAAUACAAGAUAUAAAUUAGUAUAUGAACAAGAAAAUGUUAGAAAGGAAGCAUUCUCAAGUAGGAAGUAUUUAAACCCGAAUACAGGUGAAGAAUUACAAAAUGAUGAAUACGUGAAAAUAUUCCCAUAUGGUGAUAUGAACAUUGAAUUGAAUGAUAAAGAAGUAUAUAAAGUAGAGGAGGAAAUUUCAUGCCCUGAGGCCUUCUUGAAAAUAAUCGGAUUCCGAUCCAAAAAUCAAUGCCUUUAUUAUUUCAAUAAUAUUACGGCAACAACAUUCGUUGUACCAGAUGAAUCUCAAUACGAAGGCUCUAUAAGGACAAUGGCAUCUUUGUUUAGAACUUUGAAAAAAAAGGAUAAAGUAGCCAUAAUUUGGGGGAAGAUGAAAACAAACUCAAAACCAUGUUUAUACCUUCUGUGCCCAACUUCAAAUUCUGAUAGAAAUGAAGGGUUCUAUCUCUAUAGAAUGCCUUUUCUUGAAGAAAUUCGUAAAUUCCCAAAACUAUUAGACUAUAAAGAUAGAAGCUCAAAUCCUGACUAUACCAACUUGAUUAAAAUCACAUCCAAAAUUGUGGAGUAUUUCCAUUUGAGAAAUGGUUACAUUCCAUCUGAAUUCGAGAAUCCGUCAUUACAGAGGUUUUAUAGAGUUUUACAUGAUUAUUUAUUACAAGUCGAACAAUCCAUGGCAGAAGGCGAUGAACAACACCAAAUUCAAAAAUUGUUAGAAGAAGAUGAUACUUUGAGAAAGAUCUCGCAAAUAAGAGAUAAGAUAUUAAGUUCUAAAAAAUCUGAUGAUCCGACACAACAAAGAUUAGACAAAUAUAUGAAUUUGUGGAAUACUUAUUACGUGAAACUUCAAGAGGAAAAUUCUUUAUCUAAUCCGCCAAAGAAGAAAAGUAAACCUACUUUGAACUUAUAA